AUGUUUCUGUCUGUUUAUCUGAUCCUACUCAUUAUCUAUCUAUCUAUCUAUCUAUCUAUCUAUCUAUCUAUCUAUCUAUCUAUCUCAUCCUAUUCUAUCUUUUUUGCUUCUUUUUUCAAAGGGAAGUUUCCUAUCAUCAAAACAACCCGUACAUCACCGUACCGGUCACUGACUGAAAAACGCCCCGUGGCAAACAAUCGGCAUCGACAAAACCCUACUCCCUCCACCUUUAGCCCCUACCGCAACUCGCCACCAUCAUCCGGGGCAACCAGGGACGGGUCCGCAAGCCUCGUUCUCAGAUUUCCCUGGUUUCGUUUUCGCGGUUUUGUGGCGAAGAACUAUCGUUAUACAAAUACGAACGCUUUCCUCAUAUUUCUCUAUCAAUUGAGUGCAACUCUAUGUGAAUCCGGAGUUAUUUCCUUCCACACUCCCACGCUUUUUCUUUCUUUCUUUCUUUCUUUCUUUCUUUCUUUCUUUCUUUCUUUCUUUCUUUCUUUCUUCGAUCCAAUUUUCUAUGAUAUUCUUUCUUUCUUUCUUUCUUUCUUUCUUUCUUUCUUUCUUUCUUUCUUUCUUUCUAUUGAAGACUCAUUUCUUCAUUAUGAUUCAAUUUCUAUAUUUAUAUUGAUGUUUCCUUUCUCAUGUCUUUCAUUCAUUCUUUCUUUCUUUUUUCUUUCCUUCUUUCUUUCUUUCAAUUUAAUGAAGUUUCCUUUCUUUCUUCGAUUCAGUUCUCUUGCUUUCUAUCUUUCUUUCUUUCAUUCUUUCUAUUUAAGUUUAUUUCUUUUAGUUCAAUUUCUUUCUUUCUUUCUUUUUUCUUUCUUUCUUUUCUUUCUUGAAAUAUUUUAUUUUACAAAUCUUCUUUUUUUAUUUAAUUUCCACAAUCUUUCUAUUUCUACUCAUUUAAUUAAUUUUCUUUUUCUUUCUUUUUUCGUUUACUUUUGGGUUUUUUUCUUCUAUUUCUUUAAAUGUUUUUUCUUUCUUUUUCUUUCUCUAUUUCUUUUUCUCUCUUUUUUCUUUUUUCAAUUCAAAUCUUUAUUAUGUGUUUUUGUCUCCUUUUUUUUCUUUUGCCGCACACCUUUUUUAUUUCUUAUUUUUCUUUCCGUCUUUUUAAUCCUUCUAAACUGUCAUUCUUUUUGUAAUUUUAUUUUCUGUUUUCCAUCUCUUUCCCUGUCCUUUUUCCAAAUCAUUUUAUUCAUUCAUUUUUCUUUUCUUUUCUUUUCUUUUCUUUUCUUUUCUUCACUUUCUUGCACCUCUGAUAUUUUCUCUUUCCAACAUUUGAGCGACGCCAAUUCGUCAUAUUCAUCGCAUAUAUCAGAGGAGGUUGAUAUUUUCAAGUCGCCUGAAACGAAAUAUGGAAGACUAUAUCUUGUGUCUUUCUUUCUUUCUUUUUCUUUUAGAGGUAACCAUAUUUUAUAUCUUUCUUCAUUUUUCUCUCUGGGAAGCCACUACAUCUUAACUUUCUUUUCUCUCUUUUCUUUUUUGGACUAUAUCUUGUGUCUUUCUUUAUCGUUUACAGUUCUUUCUUUCUUUCUUUCUUUCUUUCUUAGUUCUUUCUUUCUUUCUUUCUUUGUCUCUUUCUUUCUUUCUUUCUUUGUCUCUUUCUUUCUUUCUUUCUUUCUUUCUUUCUUUAAAAUAUCACAUUCUUUCUCUCUUCUGUUAACCAUGGCUGUACGGUUCUUUCUUUCUUUCUUUUCUUUCUUUUCUUUCUUUCUUUCUUUUCUUUCUUUUGUCUUUUCUUUCUUUAAAAAAGUCUUUUUCUUUCUUUCUUUCUUUUUUUUCUUUAAAAAUAUCACAUUCUUUUCUCUCUUCUUUCUUUUUCUUCUUUUUCUUUCUUUGUCUCUUUCUUUCUUUCUUUCUUUCUUUCUUUCUUUCUUUAAAAUAUCACAUUCUUUCUCUCUUCUGUUAACCAUGGCUGUACGGGUGAAUUCUUUCUUUCUUUCUUUCUUUCUUUCUUUCUUUCUUUCUUUGUCUCUUUCUUUCUUUCUUUCUUUCUUUCUUUCUUUUUUUAAAAUAUCACAUUCUUUCUCUCUUCUGUUAGCCAUGGCUGAACGGUUCUUUCUUUUUUUUUUGUAUCGUCAUUAUUUUAUCUCUCCUUUUCUACACCAUAUUAUCUUCCCUUUCCUUGUCAUUAUCUUUCGUCCUUUUAUUCUCCGUUUUUCCUUCUUCUUCUUCUUCUUCUUCUUCUUCUUCUUCUUCUUCUUCUUCUUCUUCAUCAUCAUCAUUAUUAUCAUCAUUAUCAUCAUCAUCAAUCAUCAAUAUUUUCUCAUUCUUUCUUCUUCAUCUUCUCUGUUUCUCUUACAUUUUUAUUGCUAUGUUUAA